AUGGGAAAUUCCUCCCCCACAAAAGAUCCUUUUCCUUUGAGUGGCCCUCUAGUGAUCGCUGAAGUUUUGGGUAAGAAAAAGAGCUCCCCAAAACCUAAUAAAGACAAGGACCAAGCAAAGGACAGAUAUCUUUUUAAACGUAGAGAUGAAUUAAAUGAGUUUAGAAGCCACCAAACCAACAAGGGGCAGGCAAGUUCCUUUACCCAACCUGUUUAUGUGGAGGGUUCUUCGGCAUUUGCAGCUGGUGAGUACGUGUUGCAAAAGAGAGCUUCAGCGGUCUCUGUAAGGCCUGAGAUGUCAGCUAAACAUGAACAUACGGGAACUAUUUCUAAGAAAGGUGCUUCAUCUCUGAGUCGAGAUGUAACUGCCAAAGAAGCUGAGAAACAUGCAGUUACAAAAUUUAGCAGACCUGGCUUGGCAGAUGACAUGCCCUACCGUUCUCAAUCAAGUACUCUUGAAGGUUUCCAGCUACCUUCCACUCUACCAGCUGCAGUUGAAGAAUGGGAUAGACACAAACAAGUUCAAUAUGUUCACAGUGGUGCACAUGUUUUAGCGGCACCUGAAACUCAGCAUCAUGAUGAGGGUUCUAGAGUUAUUGACAGCGGUGGAAAGAAGGCCAAAGUUCGUAAACGUCCAGUGGCGGAAUUGAACAAUGAGCAUUCUGUGCCAGUGGAGAAGAAGAAGAGAAAGAAAGAAAUGGGCAUCGAAAUGAACUCUGAUCAUGGGCACAUGCGCACAGCUUCUGGAAAAUCUGGGACAUCCGUGGGGAUGGUAUCAGAAGGAACAUCAGUCCAAGGUGCUUUGUCUCCCAGAGAAGAUUUUCAGGUGGACCAACAGAAGAAAGAUAAUGGGGCCAGCACUUUGUUGCUAGAUUGUACUGGGUCGCAGCAAACGGUUGGCAUAGACAAUAUUGAGAUGGAUCUUCCACAAUUACUGAGUUAUUUGCAAGCUCUUGCUCUCAAUCCCUUCCAUGGUGUGGGGAGAAGUCCUGCAAUUAUACGGCAGGUUUUUUUGAGGUUUCGGUCCCUCGUUUACCAGAAAAGCUUGGCCUUGUUGCCACCGGCUGACAGUGAUUCGAAUGAGUCUUGGGCUAGUAAAUCUCCAGAAGGUAACAUAGUUACUGAUAAUAACCUGGUUGAGAAUGUCAGAGAUCUGCCAUCUUCAAAACCAUUGAAACCAUCGAAACAACUGGUCAGGUCUGAGGAUCCAACAAAAGCUGGGCAGAAGCGUGGUCCAUCUGAUCGUCAAGAAGAAAUGGCUGCAAAGAGGAAGAAGAAAAUUAAUGAUGUGAAAUUAUUGGUAGCAGAAAAGAAGGCUUCUCAAAAGAUACCGGAAGCUCAGCGAGCAGAUAUAAAAGAAAGAGUGUUUCCAGCACCCGCGAAGGCAUCUAGCAAGAAAGCCGAUCCUCCGAUGAGGGCACAUGAUCCCACAAUGUUGGUGAUGAAGUUCCCACCCCGAGGAACGCUUCCAUCUCUAUCGGAGUUGAAAGCAAGAUUUGCUCGUUUUGGACCAUUAGAUCAUUCGGGUACUCGUGUUUUCUGGAAGUCCUCAACAUGCCGUGUUGUCUAUUUGCACAAGAUUGAUGCACAGGCAGCGUGUAAAUUUGCUAUGGGAAGUGGCAACUUAUUUGGCAACACAAAUGUGCGAUGUCACAUCCGAGAAUUGGGGGCUCCAGCUUCUGAGUUAGAAUCUGCCAAGGUCCAAAGGGAAGACCCUUCCGCUGGGACCCCAUAUGGCCGGGACUCUCUAGUUGAACAAAGAUCUGCAACAGCACUUACAACCCCGAUCCUUCAGCAACCCGUGCAGCUUAAAUCCUGUCUGAAGAAAUUAUCAGGAGAUGAAGCAGUAGCAGUGACCGGUGGUGGUGGUGGUGGUAGAGGGGCGCGUGUAAAAUUCAUGUUGGGUGGGGAAGAAAGUAGUAGAGGAGAGCAAUUGAUUGGUAGUAAGAACUUCAACAAUGCUAGUUUUGCUGAUGGUGGUGCAUCUUCUUCUUCACUUGCAAUGGAUUUUAAUAGUAAGAAUUUUGAAAAGGUCAUUCCUCCAUCUCAAUCACCUGUUCUUCCUCUUCCUAGUGUUCAGUUUCCCAAAGCACAAAACAAUAUGCAUUACACUGAACUAGCACCGAGAAAUAUGCACAAUUUCAAUACCCCCACCAAUCCUCCGCAAAUACCGGGCCCAUCCAACAUAGAUAUAGCACAACAGAUGCUAAGCCUUCUCACAAAGUGUAACGACGUUGUGGCCAAUUUGACGGCUUCGUUAGGCUAUGUGCCUUACCAUCCUCUUUAG